UUGCGAAAUCUGGUCACACUGCAUGGAAAAUAAAAGAAAUUCAGUUUUUUGACAUCUUUUUAUGUUUGCUUUGCCCACAAAAACAGAUAAUUACAGCACUUCCUACGCCAGGAUUGAUGACAGGUGGACUGAAUUAAACACUUUGCAUCGAUAAGUGAAAGGCAAAACACAGCGACUGGUGAGAGAAAGAGAGAGAGCAGAGAGUGAGGAGAAGUAGAAACUGCAUGGCAAUGGAAUUUUUGUUUGGCUCACGUUCUAGCAAGACUUUUAAGCCAAAGAAGAAUAUACCCGAGGGCACACAUCAAUAUGAUCUCAUGAAACAUGCAGCUGCCACAUUAGGUUCUGGAAAUCUACGCAAUGCUGUUGCCUUACCAGAUGGUGAGGAUCUCAAUGAGUGGGUGGCCGUUAACACCGUGGACUUUUUUAAUCAAAUCAAUAUGCUAUACGGAACAAUCACAGAGUUUUGCACAGAAGAUAGUUGUGCCAUUAUGUCGGCUGGACCGAAGUAUGAAUACCAUUGGGCUGACGGUCAGACAGUGAAGAAGCCCAUUAAAUGUAGUGCCCCCAAAUAUAUUGAUUAUCUGAUGACCUGGGUUCAGGACCAGUUGGACGAUGAGGCAUUGUUUCCAUCAAAAAUUGGCGUACCAUUUCCAAAGAAUUUUCUUGCCUUCGCCAAAACCAUAUUGAAACGUCUGUUUCGCGUCUACGCCCAUAUCUAUCAUCAGCAUUUCUCGGAAGUGGUCAGACUGGGCGAAGAGGCUCAUUUGAAUACAUCAUUUAAGCAUUUUAUAUUCUUUGUGCAAGAGUUCAAUUUGAUUGAACGGCGCGAAUUGGCCCCCCUGCAGGAGCUUAUCGAUAAGCUGACGGCAAAGGAUGAGAGGCAAAUAUAGGAGUCACUAUUGCUCCAGAUGGUUGAUAAUGGUGGAUGAGAACAGGGAGAGAGAGAGAUAGAGAAGGAGCUGGUGUUGGCCCGCAACUAGACUUGUGAUGGAUUGGGAAGGCACAUGCUCUGAUUAUGCUUUAGUUAGUUAUCGCCUUUGCUUUUCCCCGUUUCUUUAGCUUUUAAGUUUCGUUCAGUGCUGGAUGCGGUCCCACAAAAAUAAUGCUAAUAUUGAAGAUGAUAUAUUAUAAUGAUGAUGUUGAUGAUGAUGAUGAUGAGGAGGAUAAGCAACUACUAUAUAUUUUUAUAUGUGACACGUUAUUGUAAGUAAUGUAUAUCAUAUUUAUAUAUAGAUAUGUAUAUGAAAAAAAAGAAAGAGUAAAACAGCACACGGCACGUAUUUCCUUACUAACUGCAAUUACCGCUUCCAGGAAUCCUCAAAUCCUAUCCUUAUCCACAAUGUCAUUCUAUCUCUUCUAUUUAUUUGCUCUUUAUAUGUAUAUUUAUAUAUACCUAUGAAUAUAUAUUUGUGUGUGUAAGUGUAUUUAUUGUAACUAUUAAACUACCGCAAUGCGGCCGCAGUGUCGAUGAAUGGAUUGAAAUAUUUUUUAUAAUAAACAAAAAGGCAAAUGCCAUGCCGAAUCAAGAACUCGAGUCGGCGCCGACGAUCGAUCGACACAACCCCAAUAAAUGAUAAUAAUUGUAGACUUGACAAAACACAUUUUUGAUACGUUUUAUACUAAUAAACAGAGAUUAUAAUCAACAUAA